UCGCUUCAAGCCUAGAGCGGAAACAUGAACGCGAGUAAACAAAAUCCAAGAACGGAUUAACGCGUUGCUAGUAUUGCAGACUGGUUUCCCGAACGCAGACUUUAAAUGAAUAUCGCGGUACUUGUAGUUUUCGCUCUGUACGUAACAGUUUGUGUAAGUCAGUCAUUUGUAAGAGAUGAAGUUCCAAUCGGCGAAAAAACAUCAAAGCACCGAUUAGAACAAAAUACACUUGCAAGUAAACCCAUUUUUAAGAAGAAAUACGAACCAACAUGGGAAUCUCUGGAUAGCAGGCCGCUACCAGAAUGGUAUGAUCAAGCAAAAUUCGGUAUCUUUAUUCACUGGGGUGUGUUUUCUGUCCCAAGCUUCGUCAGCGAGUGGUUUUGGUGGUAUUGGAAGGAGACACGCCAGAAAAAUGUUGUGGAUUUCAUGGAGAAAAACUACCCCCCUCAUUUUACUUAUGCUGAUUUUGCAAAGGACUUUACUGCAGAACUGUAUGACCCUGAUCAGUGGGCAGAUCUAUUUAAAGAAUCUGGUGCACAGUACGUUGUCCUAACCAGCAAGCACCAUGAAGGUUACACCAACUGGCCUUCCAAUGUUUCAUGGAAUUGGAACUCAAUGGAUGUUGGACCACAUCGUGAUUUAGUUGGAGAGCUGGCAAACUCUAUAAGGAAUCGAACAUACCUGAAAUUUGGUCUCUACCACUCAUUGUUUGAGUGGUUUAACCCAUUGUACUUGGCGGACAAAGCAUCUAAUUUCACAACUCGGCGUUACGCAACUGAAAAGUCCAUCCAGGAGCUGUAUGAGUUGGUUAAUACAUAUAAACCUGACAUAGUGUGGUCAGAUGGUGACCCAGGACCUGUUGAAUAUUGGAACUCAACAGGAUUUUUAGCUUGGCUUUACAAUGAUAGUCCUGUGAAAGAUAUGGUUGUGACCAAUGAUCGGUGGGGUGCGGGUUGUAUGUGCAAACAUGGUGGCUACUUCACAUGCCAAGACAGAUACAGCCCUGGUGUGUUGCAACAUCAUAAAUGGGAAAAUUGCAUGACCAUUGAUCGUUAUUCAUGGGGUUAUAGAAGGAAUGCAAACAUACAAGACUUUCUUACAAUAGAGGAGAUUAUUUCUACAUUUGCUUCUACCAUCAGUUGUGGUGGGAACAUGUUAAUGAAUGUAGGGCCAACCAAAGAUGGUAUGAUUGCUCCAGUGUUUCAAGAUAGACUGAGGGAGUUUGGAAGUUGGCUUAAAGUGAAUGGUGAAGCUGUUUAUUCAAGCAAACCUUGGAGGUCACAGAAUGAUUCUGUUACCCCAAACAUCUGGUACACUGAAAAACCUGGGACUGUUUACACCUUCGUGCUUUCUUGGCCAAAAUCUAAUUGGAUUGAGCUUGGCGAACCUGUUCCUGGAAAUUCUACCAAUGAAAUAAGUUUGCUUGGCCAUAAAGGGUUACUAGAAUGGUAUAUUAGAAAUUCUUUACUUCAUAUUCGAAUGCCAAAUUUAAAUACCUCAGAUUUGCCAUGUAAGUGGGCAUGGGUGUUAAGGCUUAGCGGGUUUGUUUGAUUGGAGUUGUUGUUAACUUUAACUUGUAGAAUAAGUUAACCUGAGUUUUUAUAUACUCAAGUAUGCACAAUUUAUAUAUGUUAAAAAGUUAUGUUCUGUAACAAAUCCAGUUUGCAAUAUAUGUUGAACUCUUGAGUAUUUUCUAGAAACAACUUAAUAAGAAUUAGUCUUAUUUUUUUUAAAGUAGCCUACUAUAUAAUAGAUUAUGUUUACUUUCAUUGUGUUUGCAAAAGUUCAGUUUCUUUAUACAUAUACAUCAUCUAUAUAUUAUAUAACAUCUUCCAUCGUACAAUAUUUCUCAAAAAUUUGAGCCAAGAAGUUUAAAUAUUACAUGCUUGUGCAACAGUCAAUCUCUUUGCCGUUAAAUACACAUUUACGUUUGAAAUGAAUAAAUGGUAUUUUUAACAUAAGGUGGGGAGACAACGACAAUCGGUAUUACACUUUUUUGUUUCAAAAACUUUGUGUCCGCUUACGGGUGACCGCGUAUGUAACUUUGUUUUGAAUUCACGCAGUUCAACCCACGUUACAAUCGCUAUUUGUACGCAUCUUAUUCGCCAAUCAUGUUAUAAUAAAACGUGUUCAUUCAUUACA